AUGAAUUUCGAGAGUAUCAGCUCGAGGCUACAGUGGACCCCUUCCAGCGGGUACCCAAGCUCGACCACCACUCUAAAUUCUAUUGCUACUGAAAACAUUCCUGAUUUGACUCACCUGCUUGCCAACGCUGUUUCUAGCUUGGUCACACAGACCUACCAUCUUGAUCUCAUAUCCUUAUCUGAGGCAGCCAGAGGUGCACAAGCUUCUUUAUCUGCCAUCAGUGCCCAGCAGGUCUUGGCAACGGCUACAGAGGAGCUGGUUUUGGCUCAAGCUACCGAAGCGCUUUUUCACGCAACAUGGAAUUUGAAGGUGUUGAAGGACGAAAGAAACAACUACCACUAUGAGCUCAACAGAGGCGGCAACAUCUUCUUCUUUGUCAUAUUUUGCUUGGUCUUCGGAUACACCACCGUUAUGUUGAUUUGGUCCCGGUACCAUUGGUACAACAUUACCUUCUUUUGUGGCUUCGCUUUGCAGGUAUUAGGAUUUUUGGGCAGAAUUCUUGCAUUCUCCGACACUGCCAACCUAGACUACUACUUGUUACAGUUUGUCUCACUCACGCUUUCUCCUGCCUUCAUCAUGGCAGGAGUGUACUUCCUAUUUGCACAAGCAGUCAUCCUAUACGGAAGAUCAUACUCGGUUUUGAAACCAAUGUGGUACUCAUACUUUUUCAUCACCACGGAUUUCUUGUCUCUUGUUGUGCAAGGCGGAGGGGGUGGUGCAGCUUCAAUGGCCACCAAAGAACAAAGAGAUCCUUCUCCCGGCACAUGGACAAUGUUUGGAGGUAUAUUGUUUCAGGUCGUUGCCAUGUCAAUCUUCCUUAUCUUCUGGUUUGAAUUUCUACACCGCUUGUAUUACAAAGAUGCUUCCCAAAUAGAGGUUGAUCAUCCCAUGAAAAAAUGGAAUCUCACAAACACCUUCAGGUUUCUUUUCAACACAAGAUCUGCUCGAGAAUAUAGAAUGGCCUAUUUGGAGCCUUUCUAUAAUCCAAAGUAUAAGAAUAUCCGCGUCCGGCCUUUGGUGCCUUACCUUCCCCUAGCCAUGACUACAGCAGUCAUCACGAUCUACAUCAGAUGUAUUUAUAGAGUUGUGGAAUUGAAGCAGGGAUUCAAGGGUUACCUCAUUAAGCAUGAAGUAUUCCUCAUGACGCUCGAUGCCACAAUGGUCGCCAUUGCUGGGCUAAUCUUCAUUCCUUUCCAUCCUGUCAACGUUUUUGGUAAAAAGAAUGUUCUUAGAUUGGCCACUAUUAAGAGAAACAGAGAUGAAGAAGACGAAGAUAUCAAAGAGGCGGGUGUCAACUCCGAGACCACUGAGUUCGAACGAAAAGUAGGGGAAGAAUCAUCGUGA